AUGUUGUUCCUGAUGGGACUUGCAGUAAACCACACAUAUCCAACUAAGGAAGCUUGGCCCGAACAGUGUAAAGGGAGGUCGUACUGCCAUGUGCAACCAGACUACUACCCGACAGAGACGUUCGCAAAGAUUUUGGAUGGAGUGAAACUACAAUUCCAGCAAGGCGGAGAGAUCGCCAACCGCAGCAGUGAAGAUGACGUCGCCAGCUGCAGUACUGUGAAGCUGUUUGACAAAAUUUACCUGAUCUUGGACGAUAGCGACACGAUCCGGUUCGUCGCUCAGAACGAUGAUAUUUUCUCAUUCACGAUUCAAAUCGAAGAAUGCAGUGCACCUGGCCAAACACAUUCUUCUGCGUUAGACGAAGAUCACCUUCGAGAACAGAGGGUAGACUGCUACGAGACCAGACUACCUUUCAUGUUCCCCGUGCUCUCGCUAGAUGGCACUAAACUGGAAUCUGUGGCGCCUAAGGCCGGAGUUCCUGUAAGCUGCUCUGCCAAAGUGAUAGCGACUUAGUGUGUAUUUUU